AUGGGACAGGACAAGAAGAGCGCCAAGGGGCGAUUGGACAAAUACUACUACCUGGCCAAGGAAAAGGGCUAUCGCGCUCGAGCGGCCUUUAAACUGAUCCAACUCAACAAAAAGUUCAAUUUCCUGCAAAAUGCCCGCUGUCUCAUCGAUUUGUGCGCCGCGCCCGGCUCCUGGCUGCAGGUGGCGGCGGAGAUUAUGCCCCCCAAAUCCCUCAUCGUCGGCGUGGAUCUCACCCCGAUCAAGCCGAUUCCCAAGGCCAUCUCCUUCCAAGGCGACAUCACCACCGACAAGUGUCGCGCCACCAUUCGCGGCCAUUUGAAGACGUGGAAGGCGGAUUGUGUCAUUCACGACGGUGCGCCCAAUGUGGGUACGGCGUGGGUCCAGGACGCCUUCUCCCAGAACGAGCUGGUCUUGUCGAGUUUGAAGCUGGCCACCGAAUUCCUCAUCCCCAACGGCACCUUUGUCACAAAGGUCUUUCGCAGCAAGGAUAGCGCCAAGUUGGAGUGGAUCUUCAAGCAACUCUUCACCAAAGUCGAGCAGACCAAACCGCCAUCCAGCAGAAAUGUCUCCGCCGAGACUUUCUACGUCUGUCGCGGCUUCAAGGCGCCCAAACACCUCGAUCCUCGCUUCCUCGACCCCACCCACGCCUUUUCCGAGAUUGAGGAGAGUGCGCCUAACAAUGAGGCCAAGGUCUUCAACCCGGAGAUCAAAAAGAGGAAGCGUGAUGGGUAUGAAGAGGGCGAUUGGACACAAUUCAAGGAAUGUUCCGCCAGUGACUUUAUCCAGACCAACGAUCCCAUCGCCGUGCUGGGGAGUAUGAACAAGCUGCAUUUCCGGCAGGAAGCGAAUGGAGACAUUGCACAGGCCGCGUUGGAUAAACUGCCGGAAACGACCGAAGAGGUGCGUUUGUGCUGUCAGGACUUGAAGGUGUUGGGACGGAAGGAAUUCAAGGUCUUGUUGAGAUGGCGAUUGAAGGCGAGAGAUCGUUUUGGUUUCCGCGUGAAGAAGACGGCCAAGGAGGAAGCCGAGGCUGCAAAGCCAGCGGUGGACGCACCACAAGUCAAGGAGGGUGUGGAAGGAGAAGAGGUGGCCGUCGUCGAAUCCAUGGAUGGUGAGAUGCGUUUGCAAGAAGAGAUCCAAGCGAUGAAGGACGCUCAAAGCAAAGUCAAGCGCAAGGAGCGUCGCAAGGACAACGAGAGGAAGCAAAAGGAGACGGUGCGCAUGCAGAUGGGCAUGACAACCCCCUCCGAGAUUGGUAUCGAGGCGGGUGAUCAGGGUAGCAGUGAGGCCGUCUUCCGUUUGAAAGACGCCGACAAGCGUACCGACAUUCGACAGGCCAUCAUGCGUGGACGGAUGCAUACUGCCGUCGAGCCUGAGAAGCCCAAAGAGGAGAGCGAGGAGGAGAGCGAGGAUGAAUAUGGCGAUGCGUUGGAAGCACAACUGGAUGGCAUGUACGAGCAAUACCAAGAGCGGGUGGAAGAUCGUGAUACCAAGGCUCGUGCGAAGCGGGCGAGGAAGUUGGCACGUGGGAAUGAUGUGGAAGAGGAGUUUGAGGGCUUUGGUGCCGAAGACAAGGAUCCCAACGAUUCCGAUGCAUCCAGCGAUGAUGGUCUGCUUGAGGACGAUGAUGACUCUCUUGACAGUGAUGAUGGGGAGGGUGCUCUCACUACAGAUCUCCAACCAAAAGACCCAAUGGGAGGUGGUCUUACUCGACGAGCGGCCAGUUUCUUCGAGCAAGACAUUUUCAAGGGCAUUGAUGGGUUGGAUGAGGAGGAUGAAGAGGAUGAAGAGGAUGAACCCGAGCUAGACAAGGCACGAGACAGCGGUGUGGAUGUGGAAUCUCCUAAUCUCAAGCCCGCGACGGAGGAAGAGGAAGACGACGACUCGGAAGACGCAAUGUCGUUUGCCUCCGACGAUGACGCCGCAUCAGAAACCUCCUCCAUCGAAGCCGUGCCCUCCAACAUCCAACCCGAAGAGGAAGAUUGGGAAGAAGGCACCACCCGUCCCUCCGCACCCGGGGAAAAUCCCGCCCAACCCAGCAUUUCCAUCAUCACCGCCGAAGCCAUGACUCUCGCCCACCAACUGGCCACGGGAAAAGUCACCAAACAACAACUCCUCGACGACAAUUUCAACAAAUACACUCUUCGAGAUGUCGAUGGUCUCCCCGAAUGGUUCCUCGACGACGAAAACAAACACUCCCGUCUAGCGCGCCCUGUAUCGGGCGAAGCAGCCGCAGCCAUCAAAGAGAAACUCCGCGCGCUCAACGCCCGCCCCAUCAAAAAAGUACGAGAAGCCAAGGCGCGCAAAACCCUCCGCACUGCCCGUCGACUGGAGAAGUUGAAGAAGAAGAGCGAGGGGUUGGCGGAGCAGGAUGGGGAAGGAGGAGGGGAAGCGGGACGGGAUGCGAUGGAGCGCAUGAGUAAGAUGAUGGCCAAAGCGAAGAAGGGCACCAAGAAGAGGAACCCUGUCAAGGUGGUGUUUGCCGGUGGGCAUAAUAAGGGGGCGGGAAGGCCGAGGGGAGUGAAGGGUAAGUAUAAAAUGGUCGAUUCGAGAUUGAAGAAGGAUGUUAGGGGGUUGAAGAGGGCGGAGAAGAAGGGGAGGGUAAGGCGGUAG